GUGUACUAAAUUAAAGUACGGACAUUGCAAUUUUCGAUAUCCGGCGAUAAAAAAUGGGUUUCAUAGUCGGCGUUGUGAUCGGACUCCUCGUCGGAAUCGCCAUCAUCAUCGGCUUUGUCAAGUUGGAGAAUUCUCGAUCCAAGCUUCGCUCUGAACUGGCGAAUACGGUGGCUGCUUUUGCAAGGAUGACGGUGGAGGAUUCAAGGAAGCUUUUGCCCCCUGAGUUUUAUCCUUCCUGGGUUGUCUUCUCCGAGCGUCAGAAGUUGAGUUACAUUACAUUGAUAUCUUUCUCCUUUUGCGUUUUGUUGACUUGGCUCAACCAUCACUUGACAAAGAUCUGGCCUUAUGUUGAUGAGGCAGCCUCUGAGCUUAUAAAGGCAUCCGUGGAGCCUGUUCUUGAGCAAUAUAGACCUGCCAUAGUGGCCUCCUUAACAUUUUCUAAGCUUACUCUCGGGACAGUGGCGCCUCAAUUUACAGGUGUUUCCAUUAUCGACGGUGAUAAAAAUGGGGUGACCAUGGAACUUGAUAUGCAAUGGGAUGGAAAUCCAAAUAUAGUACUUGGCGUCAAGACCUUAGUUGGUGUAUCUCUCCCAAUUCAGGUGAAAAAUAUUGGAUUCACUGGUGUUUUCAGGCUGAUUUUUAGGCCACUAGUUGAAGACUUUCCUUGCUUUGGAGCUGUCAGCGUUUCUCUUAGAGAAAAGAAAAAAUUGGACUUCACCCUUAAGGUUGUUGGAGGUGAUAUUUCAGCAAUUCCUGGACUUUCUGAAGCUAUUGAGGAAACAAUUCGGGAUGCCGUGGAAGAUUCUAUCACUUGGCCUGUUCGGAAGGUCAUCCCAAUUAUACCUGGUGAUUAUAGCGAUCUGGAGCUAAAGCCUGUUGGAAUGUUGGAGGUGAAGCUUGUGCAAGCAAAGAACUUGACCAACAAAGAUCUAGUUGGAAAAUCAGACCCCUUUGCUAAAAUGUUUAUACGCCCUUUGCGAGAAAAGACUAAAAGAAGCAAGACAAUUAACAAUGACCUGAAUCCCAUCUGGAAUGAGCAUUUUGAAUUUGUUGUCGAAGACGCGUCAACUCAACAUUUAGUGGUCAGAAUAUAUGAUGACGAGGGUGUACAAGCAUCUGAGCUUAUUGGGUGUGCCCAAAUCCGGCUUUGUGAACUUGAACCUGGUAAAGUGAAAGACGUCUGGUUGAAGCUGGUCAAAGAUUUGGAGAUCCAGAGAGAUACCAAGAACCGUGGAGAGGUUCAUCUUGAGCUCCUUUACGUCCCUUAUGGUUCGGGAAACGGCAUCGUAAAUCCCUUUGUCACUUCAUCGAUGACUUCCUUAGAGAGGGUGCUCAAGAAUGAUACAACAGAUGAAGAAAAUGCAUCAAGCCGUAAAAGAAAAGAUGUCAUUGUAAGAGGAGUGCUCUCUGUGACAGUGAUAUCUGCAGAAGAGAUACCAAUACAAGAUCUGAUGGGGAAAGCUGAUCCAUAUGUUGUUCUCUCGAUGAAGAAAUCAGGUGCCAAGAGCAAAACUCGGGUCGUCAAUGACAGCUUGAACCCGGUCUGGAACCAGACUUUUGAUUUUGUAGUUGAAGAUGGGUUACACGAUAUGCUAGUCCUUGAAGUCUGGGACCACGACACCUUUGGAAAGGACUACAUUGGGAGAUGUAUCCUCACGUUGACAAGGGUUAUAAUGGAAGAGGAAUACAAAGACUGGUUUCAUUUUUAUGCAUAUGACAUGACCCGACAAGUGGAGGCACACCAUUUCUGCGGUCACAUCAACGAAGACAUGCGUCAGUGUCUGAUCUACGACGGUCCUGAUGCCAAUGCUCGUCUGAUCGGUCUGGAAUACAUUGUGACAGAGAAGCUCUUUAUGACAUUGCCUGAUGAUGAGAAGAAGCUUUGGCACACUCACGAGUGGGAAGUUAAAGGAGGCUUCUUGUUCAUGCCCGGUGUUCCAGAAGCUAUUCAACGCCAAGAUCUCGAAAAAGUCGCCAAGACUUAUGGGAAAGUUUACCAUUUCUGGCAAGUCGAUAAGGGGCAUGACCUUCCCAUUGGCUUGCCUAAUAUCAUGAUGGCCGUUACUCGAGACGGUCAACUUUAUCCGGAAAUGAUCAAGGAGACGGAAAAGCAGUUUGGAGUAUCGAUGGAAAAGGAGAGAGAGUCAAGGGCUUAUAUGAAGGGACCAGACCAUGGGAUCCAUCCCUUGGCAAAUGGAGGAGGCAAAGGCCUCAAGUUAGAGGUGCGAGAGGUUGACAUAAAGCCGGUCGAGUCCGUUCCAAGAGUUUUCGUUUGAGUUGUAGUUAAAUAGACAACUUAAGAAAAGAAUAAAUAAAGAAGCGAUCGAGCUUUGCUUUUGUUAUAGCCCUCGAUCGAUCAUGUGUAUAAGUUGUAAAAUACACUUGAAAUAGUUAG